AUGAACUACUGGAACACGGAUUGCGGCAACUAUUAUGGAGCGAUUAUUUAUUUUUGCUCUUUCUAUCUGAUUAUAACCUAUAUUGUGAGAAAUUUGCUAGUGGGUGUUAGUCUUCUAGCUAUCAUUAUGGAAAACUUCUCGCUGUUCUAUUCGAGUGAAGAAGACGCACUACUAAGUUAUGCUGACAUACGAAACUUUCAGCUCGUGUGGAACAUGGUGGACAGGGAGCAGAAGCGAUCGAUUCCAGUCGGGAGAGUGAAGUUCUUGUUGAGACUCCUGAAGGGACGUCUAGAGGUGGAUCCCGAGAAGGAUAGAAUCCUCUUUAAGCACAUGUGCUAUGAGAUGGACAAAUUGCACAAUGGUGACGACGUCUCAUUCCACGACGUGCUCUACAUGCUCUCCUAUCGUUCUGUUGACAUUCGGAAAUCGUUACAGCUGGAGGAGCUGCUGCAGCGUGAGGAAUUAGAAUUCAUCAUUGAAGAAGAAGUUGCAAAGCAGACCAUUCGAACGUGGCUGGAGAGUUGUCUGCGCCGUAUCCGUAAUCCCCAGAAGAAGGAGUUAUUCGCCGAUGACACGAAAUAUCCUCGCCCCGGCUCUGCAGGAUUGCCGUCGGACGGACUCGAGUUGCCUCGAUUUCGAUUCGGUCACGAUGAAUUUUCAUCCACAGAAGAAUUGGAUUCGUCCUCCCCACUUCAUAAAAAGAUCAUCAAAAACAGGAGAAGUAGCAUUCCGGAUGUUUUCUCUUUUCAAACUUCGACCAUCCUUCACGAAGCGGCUCGCAAGUUCAUGCAAAGCAACAGCGAGAGGAAAUUGGCACACUCUCGAGUACCACGUCAGCCUGAAGUGGCGCAGUUAUUGCCGAAGAAGACCGAGACAAAAAAGCCGGGGACGACGAAAGCGUUGCACUUGAACGUGUACGAUCUACCGGACUUGGAAGAAAAAGGCGAAGACGAAACGACGUUUUCUCCACCCAAAGUCAAAAUCGACUGGGACGAAAACUCUGUGCCACAUUUGCCGUCGCAUCAAACUACGGGCAACACUAACAAUGUUUCGGCACUGAAUACAACGAAUUCUCGCGCAGCACUGGCUGAAUCCACCCAGGAAAUUUCUCUUUGGUGGCAGCUUGUCAAUCGAUAG